AUGCACUACAUCAAACAAUGUAAUACCAACAUCCAUGGUCAGCAUGCUGAUACCCAAGCAAAUGCUUUCAUUGACUGCCUUACAACAAAGAUCGAUGCCUCAGCUGCUAAGUAUCGAGCAGCAAAGAAGGCUCUCUGGAAAUUGCGUGGGGACGGUGACUGGAUGCAUGAGUUGCGUGAACUAAAGCCAGACAACAUCCGUGGACCGGGCGAGUCAACAUCAGGUGAAAUUGAAGAGGAGAAUGAUGAGGUUAGAGCAGCAGGCAGCAGACACAGGUCAAAGAAAGCAAAAGAGGCUGCCAGGAGAGGUCUUGGAGAAGGAUACAAGACGAUUUCGUGGAUUUGGACCGUCAGUGGUGUGACUAACGGCGAUGAUGACCUCACGCUGAAUAAUGCGCUUCGCAUGGAAUGGCUAAAGGCGAGAGCUCAAGUCAAAAGAUGGGGAGAAGAAGUCCUCUUGUUGAAGGAGGAGAUGCGACGUGUCUUAGAGUUCCUGCGGUGGAAAAAAAUAUUGAAUGAGGAGCGUGUAGCUGAAGAGAGUUCGGAUGUCAGUGCUCAAGAGGAUUUUCUGGAAGACUGGGAUGAUGAGGAUGAUGAUUAA